GAAAAAUAGUAUAAAUAGUGAAUGAGGGAUUUUGUUUUUUAAAGUGUGUUCGUUUUUGAGGAAGUUAAAAGGAUGAUAGAACGAAAUUUAAGAAGUCAUGCAAAAAGAAGAGUUGAGGAAGCACCAGUUACUGAAAAUCUGUCAAAAAAUGAAUCAAAUGAGAAUAUAAAAGGAUUAGGAAAGAAAGUUGUUAAACAACAAUGUACUUAUGGAGUAAAUACAAAGAAUGAUAGUGAUUUGAAUGUUUUAAAAGAAAGACGAGGGAUUUGUACAAGAUCUAUGGAAACUAUGUUAGUUCAUAAGCAGAAAGUUUCUAGUAAUUAUAAAAGAUCUCGUGAACAAAAGGAAGUUCAGAGGGACUUAGAGAAAUCAAGUGAAAAAGAGGGAUUGGAAGAGGAGAAUGGUGUAAAAGUAUCGAAGAAAACAAAUAAAUCAAAUGUUUCAGUAUCAAAGCAAGAAUCAUCACGAAAAAUAAGUGCUCAGACGGUUUCUAUGAUUAAUGAGCAAUUGGAUCGUAUUUUAAAGCGGCUAGAUAGUAAUGAAACACGGUUUAAGGAACAGUUAGAUCAUUUGAAUGAGUCAAUGGAAUUAUUAAAAGGAAAAGUUAUGGAAGAGAUCUCUAAUAGAGCAGAAGUGUCACCAAAUCCUCAUUAUGAACCUUUAACUCAAAGAGAUAUUUCACUUAGAACUCCUUUGUUUUCUAGAGAUAAAGAGGGCAAUAGUCCAUUAAAAACUCGAUAUAGUGACUAUUCCGGUGAUUCUACGAGAAAUUCUAGUUUUAGUCAGAAAGAACCGUAUCCUCCAAGUUCUGCAAUGGCAUUGUAUAAAGUUUCUCGGGACAUGAGAUCAUCACCACAAAUUCAUUCAACUAAAAAGCGUCAAAAAUGGACAGAAGAUGAAGUUGUUGCUUUGAUUGAUCUUGUUAGCAUUUAUGGGCCUUCAUGGGCUAAAAUUAAAAAAAUGGAUGUUCAUGGAUGGCUUCAAAGAAGGACUCAAGUCGAUUUAAAAGAUAAAGCACGUGUUAUAAAGCAACAUUUAUUAGAAACUCCCGAUAUUUGGCACCAAUUUGUUAGUCAGUGUGCAAAUUGGGAAGCUGUUUCUGUUGGACAUUCUGUUGGACAUCGUGGAGUUCAUUCAUCAUAAAUCUAAUAAAAAAAUUGGUUGUCUAAUAAUCUUUUUAUUCUAAAAUGAUUUUUUUGUUUAAGACUUUUUGAAAUAUCAAAUUAUUUUUAAUUUUAUAAUUUAUA